AUGACCUCCGAAGAGACAGCCAUCAAGCGUAUGACGCCCAAAGAGCUCGCUUACUUCAACGACUUGGGCGACAGGAACGUCGGUGCAGUCCUUGAGAUCCCUGACACCAGCUUCCGCGCGUUCAACCUCUUCGUCCAUUACAUCGAUACACAGUCCAUGCCUCUAGAUCAGGACAAAUUCAUGGAUCUGAUCAACCAGCCUGGCGAGGAGGGAGGUUGGACCGAGCACACGCCAGUGGAGACUACCAAAGGGUUCCUUCUUGCUGAAAAGCUCUCUGCUCCAGGAUUCCGUGCCACCAUCAACAAAUACUUCAUGUUCGUGUGGAACCAGGGUCUAUGCGAGUGGUUCGACAAGCUCGAAAUGCAUGACAUGGCAACGGCUAUGAUCAACAAGGUCCCCCAGGAGAGGGUAAUUUGGCAGUUCUUGGUUGACGAGUGUUGCUUGCCCUACAAAUAUAAGCGCUUCGUAUUGAAUGUAGCCGAAGACAAGGAAGGUGAAGAAGGGCUGUCUAGGGAGUUUUUGUUGAGAUAA